AUGCAUGUAGGAAUCAAGGAAGUUCUAAAUCGCUCAAAAAAAGCCAAUAUCUUGCAUGCCAGACCACAGGAGAAGCCUUCGAGCACGUUAUCCUCCGACUUAUCAUCCUACUUUGGAUCAAACUUUUGUGAAGUGCACCACAGAAGAAAUAAUAAACACGCCAACAACCAGAUCUUGCUCAAGCGCCUCUAUCAUAUUGAUGUCUCCAGCAUCAAUAGGUUGCAACAACUUGCUUGUGCCAGCGGUAAUAAAAGAACUAAAAUUGAGGCUUUAUCAGCCUAUGUAUGGAAGAUCAUGGUAACAGCCAUUGAUGGAAAGCAUCAAAAGUGCAAAAUGGGAUGGUUAGUCGAUGGACGAAGUAGCGUUCAUGCAGAUCAGAAUUUAAUGCCAAAUAACAUAAGGAAUAUGUUUUCUGUUGGUGUUACAGAAGCAAUCAUUACAGAACAGAAGCAAAGGUCUAUAUUAGAUGUUGCUAGCAAUGUUCAUGAUGCGAUAUCAAAGGAUAAGGCACAUUUUUGGAUUUGAUUGACUGGAUCGAGAAAGUUUCCAGUUGCUGAAUUUGAGUUCGGAUUCGGCAGUCUUGUGCUAGGCACGGUUGGUACCACGACAGAAAAAAUUGAAGUUGGGUACAUGAACCGAAGGCCAAGCGCUAGAAAUAAUGGCUCACGGACUGUUUCAGCUAUCUUGUGGCCAGAACUAGCUGCUGUCUUGGAGUCUUCUUCCACUCUGAUGCUGUUCUAUCCAUGUCUACUUGCUUCUAAUCUAUACUUGAUGCUAGACGUUUGGCACUGUACCAAGCAUUAUACCAUGCCUCCCACCUAG